UUUUAUCCUUUUCCCAAAAAAAAUCGUCCAUAUUCAUUCACGAAAGUUGACCAAAUUAAAGAAAACCAAUCCUACAAAACAAAACCAUAGUAAUUCUGUUCUGUACAUCAUAUCAUAGCAAGAAGCCAAAAUCCAGUUGUUGAGAUGGAGAACAUCAGGCACCAAACUCUACCCGUAAGCGGCAUAAAUUUGCACGUCGCCGAGAUCGGAGAAGGCCCGGCGGUGCUGUUUCUACAUGGUUUCCCGGAGCUAUGGUACUCAUGGCGUCACCAGAUGGUGUAUCUCGCUUCCAAGGGCUACCGGGCUAUCGCUCCGGACCUCCGCGGCUACGGCGACAGCGACGCGCCGGCCGGAGCCAGCAACUACACGGCGUUUCAUAUCGUCGGGGAUCUUGUGGCCCUGCUGGACAGCCUCGGCCUGAACAAAGUUUUCUUGGUGGGCCAUGACUGGGGUGCCAUUAUCGCCUGGUACUUUUGCUUGUUCCGGCCCGACCGGAUUAAGGCUCUGGUCAACUUCAGCUGUGCUUUUCGCUAUUUCGACCCGAAGGAUUCCGCGAAGAAGCCGGUGGCUGAAAUGAGAGAGAUGUUCGGCGACGAUUACUACGUUUGCAGGUUUCAGGCACCGGGAGAGGUGGAAGAGGAGCUGGCAGGGGUUGAUGUUGCAGCUCUUAUGAAAGCAUUUUUUGUGAGUCGAGAAUCAGGAACACUCUGCAUUCCUAAAGGCGCGUUUGGUUUCAUGGCUCAGGCUGCAGCUCAAUCAUUGCCCUUCCCAGAUUGGCUCACUCAGGACGAUGUCGAUUACUUUGCUGCCAAACACAGCAAGAAUGGCCUCACCGGUGGAAUCAACUUCUAUCGGGCCAUCGAUCUGAACUGGGAGCUUUCAGAAGCAUGGGUAGAAUCGAAGAUACAAGUGCCUGUGAGAUUUGUGGUGGGUGAUCUGGACCUUACCUAUCACAUGCCUGGAAUGCAAGAUUACUUACACAAUGGCGGAUUCAAGAAAGAUGUUCCCAAUUUGGAAAAAGUGGUUGUUAUUGAAGGAGCAGCUCAUUUCAUUAAUCAAGAGAAGCCUGAUGUCUGCAACACUCAGAUCCAUGAGUUCAUUUCCAAGUUUUGAUCAUUUUCUUUACAAGGAAUAAGGUUUUCUACCCCGAGCUUCAUAUUUCGGCCGAGAAAGGUUAAAAAGAAAAAGAACCAUUUUGAUGUAUGAAUUUCAAACUGUUACAUUUAGAGCAUCACAAGACUUCCAAACAGCAGCUUUGUUGGUUUUGUUCCGGGUACGUUUGGGAAACUUUUCAUCAAUUUAGCCCAUAUUUCCUUAUAAAAGGAUGUGAUGCCUCCGGUAUCUUUUUGCAAUGUUGUUGUCAAACAACAAUUUAGAAAUACAAAGAAUACAUUAUAUAAUUGUAAAAGUAUACUUGAAAUUGAGACACAACGUUGUGAUACAAUUAUUCGGAGAUGGAAUUAUUUCCAUAGAGUAUGUGAAGUCAGAAAUGAAUUAGGCUGAUUUACUGACUAAAUCUGUGUGAAGAAAAUUAAUUCUUCAAAGCUCAUAUGAGAUGGGGCUUAGGCCAAACUUGAAGUCAACAAAGAUGGUAACCCAACCUACGUGAUCGGAGACUCCAUGAAGUAGGUUCAUAUGGGUAAUAACAAGUCGAUGUUAGGCUCUGACUGCACUAGUUUAUAUCAUUGUAUGAUAGUGUUUUAGCUGCUACUAUAUUGGAGGGAUGAGUUUUAAACUUUUAAUAAUUUCAUAUUCCUUAUAGAUGGUGUAUUUAAAGCAGUGUAAACUUGAUGAAUCACUUAUAUGAGAGUGGAGUGGGGCUGCUCCUAUAGGGUUUUAUUGGUCGAACUCUUGGACCUCCCAUGAACUAUCAAGCACGCGCAUGACCGAAAUAAUGCGCAUAAAACGCAUUGACAACAAGUUGUGGGUUGUAAUGUGGUUGGUAGAACCUCUGUCAUACAACAAAGAAUUUGUGGUUCAUAGAAAUUAUAAUUUCACCAACAAUUUUGUGUGUCAUGUUUAUCUACGUUUGGUUCAUAGUCCGAAAGACACCAAGCUUAUGCAUUGUUACCUUAUAGAUUCAAUAUUUGUUUUACUAAAAGAAUCUUUUGAAAUAUGUGGG